GCAACUCAUCGUCUGAUCGAGAAGCAAUGCCUCAACCAACUUCACUUAACGCCACCUGAAAGCUCCGGCUUUUCUUCAUACCUUCCCAUUUCUGUCUGCAUAUUCUUGCCUUCUCUUCUUCGUUCCGUCAGUUUUCUCUUGCUUCCUUUCCGCUGCGUUUCGGUCGAUAGGCCGUUUUCCUGCAACUUGCCUCCUGCAACGCCGAGGGCCAGACAGCUUUUUUUCUAUCCUCCCUCGCGGACUACCUGCACUGCCAAAUUGACGGCUCUUCAGACCGGGUUGUCUAGUUCUCCUGCUCUGCCAAUCGGCGCCUGUACAGCUGGACGGCUGGCUCUUUCAUUCUGCUUGGUGCACUUCGAACAAUGCUUUCUACUGAGUCACCCACUGCCCUUACGACCAUCUGCUGUCUGGACACAAUUACAGACACCUGACAACGCAAACACACACACGGCCGCCAAUGCGUACUGCGAUGGGCGGACGUCGGAGCGGUAUCUACGCUGCGGCCGCAACGCGAGCACACAAACAGUGCACAAACGCAGACCGCGCCAAGAGACCAGCGCCGCAGGCAUACAAACUUACGGACUGUCCAUACUGGCCGGACGGCAGGGCCUUCAUCUGCCCGCAUGCCUCGUAGGGUCUGCGCCUGCCAUACCCACUUGGGCCCUCCUGCAGCCGGUCGUCAAUAUCUCCGGUCCACCGAAAGCGGGUGAGUAG